AUGUCUUUAAACUUAUUUGCGCGCGAAACAAAAAAGAACGCGCUCGACGUCAUCGCGGAAAAUUGCUACAAAAUGCAUAGUUCAAGUUUGGACACAGAGGGUAGUAGCUCGUUGGUGAAGAAAGAUGGUGACGAGGCGUUGGUGACGAUUGCUACGUUGGUGACCGAAGGUAGAAUACCAGGAAAAUCAGGCUCGAAGACCAAGAAGUUUUACGAAGGACCUCACUGCACUCCACAUAAACCCCAACCCGAUAACGAACACCACUGCGACCUAACAGAUCCAUUGUGUAAGAAGUAUAACACGAACAAGGACGUAAUAAGGAAAUUUUGGCGUAAAAAACAACCGUUGUGCAUUGAGGUAGUCUUACAUUGCGCCUGUAAAGAACGAAAGGAUUUUGAUUCUGACAUUUUAUUGGAACAAUGGUACUUUACUACUAAUUACAACAGGACACAAUCGAAAUUAAAAAAAUAUGUUGCCGCUUUUACUGGCACACUUCCGCUGCCACUCCUUGAAGAUGUAGAACCACCCAAAGCUCCAAGCCCCGAUGUUUUGUCCCAAUUGAUAGGCGAUAGCGUUUUUGCCGAUGGAACCAAUUUGCAAGAUUAUAUAGACAAUUCCGAAGACGAAGAACGAAAAUCGCUUACACAAACAGAAAUGGACUACAUUGUGGCUAAGAUGAAUUUAUCACAGCGAAAUUCUGAAUUUUUGACCUCAUACUUGAAGCAUAGAAAACUCACAGAGCAUAAUGACAAUAAUGACAUAUUACUGCCUCCGCUUCACAUUAAAUUGGGCAUUGUUAAAAAAUUCAUCGAAGUGGCUGUUAAGGAUGAUGAUGAAGUGUUUGACUGUUUGAAAACCAUAUUUCCAAAACUUAGCAACGACAAAAUUAAACAUGGUGUGCUUAAUGGACCAGAUAUCAGAAAGUUAACUGCAAACGAUAGGUUCACAAAAAUCCUUAAGAACGAUCACCGGAAUGCUUGGGAUGCACUAAAAGCUGUAAUCGAGGGCGUUUUAGGGAAGAAUCGUGUGCAGCGAGACGAAGUGAAGAAAUUGGUGGGCCAAAUGCUUUAUUAUUUUCCAAAAAUUAAUGUAUCCAUGACAUUAAAAUUGCAUUUCCUCUAUUUUCACCUAGAUGAAUUUUUAGAACAAUUGCCCACUGAAUCGGAUGAACAAGGAGAGCGCUUCCAUCAGGUAACCAUGCCAAUGGAAAAACGAUACAGGGGAAAAAGCUGGAUGCAUUGCUUGCGGAAAUCAUCCGGGCCGCCAUUCUUCAACGUCCAGCAGCUGACGAGCGCCAUUCGAUCGCAGCUGUACUUCUCUCAGAUCGCCGCCUGGCUGACGAGCCAAGACGACAACACCCCGUGCAAAAUCGACCGUCGCAACCUCUCGUACCGCCUCGUGCAACGGCCAGCAAAUCGUCCCGACACGACUAAAUUCUCCCUGCCCGCCGUCAAGCAUGACUUUCCUUUGACGGACGUCGCCAACGGCUGCGCGUUGAACGUGACGUUCUUGAGUUUGCCGCGCAUGUCGUCCACGCCGAAUUUCGCGUGCGAGCAAUGCUUCCUAAUCGACCGAAUCCUCGACGAUAGAAUGCAUGUAAAUUGCACGCUGAAGGGGAAGCACCGGUGCGAGGAUCUGGAGGAGUUCGUGAACGUGGCCGUAGAUCAGACGAACUUCAAGAGGCUGUGCUCAGCGUCCACGUCCACGGGAAUGAAAAUGGAUCUCAAAGACAAGGGCCAGAUGCUGCUGGACGCGAUCGAGCGCAGCGCAGAAGAGAGGAGUGAAAGUGAUAGCGAUUUAUGUGAUAUGAAUGAAAGUGAUAUAUUUAGCAUUAAGAAAACGAAUAAUAAAUUUAAAUGUGCAGACAUGCAUUGUGAUAGUCCUAUUCCGAUACUGCGACAAAACAAAAAGAUACUACCUCUGGUCCACAAGGCGAAGCAAAAGAUUACCUUCGACGACGAGGACGACGACAAAAAGGUCGACAUCCCGACCGCUCUGGAGCAAGCCAAGUUCCGCAAAAAUUUGGACAACGCCGCCUCGAUGGUCUUUCAUUCCAGGACCGGGCUGCCGCUGACCAGCAGUCCCGCGCCUGUCAGAAGAGGCAAGAACUGUUUCGACUUCGAUUCGUCAAUUAACUCGGUCUAUGCAAUAAGAAGCGCAUUAUUUUCUGGCAGCUUUUCGACGGACGAAGAGAGCGAGAGCGAAGGUAGCAUAGUGUCGCCUUGCAGCCCCGAGAUCUUCGCCGGCGACAAGAAGAGCCAGGUGGCGCCCCCUGUCAAGUACCGCAGGAAGGGACACGCCGCUAACUUGCUAGGUUGGUAGUUAAUUAAAUCGCGCGUAACGAAACGGCGGAAAGCGGAAACGCUGCUUGCGGAAAUCAGCGACGUACGUACACAGUUUGUCGGGCGUUUCAGGGAAAACGUCAAAAUUUCGAAAAUGUUGACGUUUUACCUGGAACGACUGCAUUUUACGCAUUUUGUAAUUAGGUUCUUCCCCCAUUACACUAUGAUUGUUUUAGAAACUUUUUUCCCAACAUUAAGUACUCCAGCUUAGUUUAAC